AAUAUUCUUCUCUUAUUCCCGCGUUACCUCCUCCUCACCUUUUUUUAUUAAAAACCUUUUACCAAAAAAUUUCUAAAAAGGCAAAAAAUCGCUCUCGCAACCGUUGGAUCUCUAUACAAGACCCAUGUUUGACCCGUAACAUCAUCAAAUCCAACGGUUAACAUAAAUGGCUCUAUUUUUCUCUCUUCUUCCUUUUUGUUACCUUAAGGUAAUAUUCCAUUGGCAUCUCCAAUAAAAUCCCCCCCUAUUGUUUUCCUCUACUUUCAUUUUGUAUAAAUACCUAAACCACAUUUCUCUUCUCCUCAAACCAACAAAAACUCAAAGAGAGAGACAAGAGAUCCAUCAAAAGAAAUCACCAAUUUUUUCUUGAGAAGAGUUAUGGCUUACAAGAGCAAUAACAAGAACAACAACAUUGUCGUUGUUUUUGACUUCGACAACGUUGAUAGCGAUAAUUGGGUGAUCGAUGAACUUGGCUUCACUGAUUUGUUCAAUCAACUUCUUCCCACCAUGCCUUGGAACACACUCAUGGAUCGUAUGAUGAAGGAGCUUCAUGAUCAAGGCAAAACCAUUGAGGAGAUCAAACAAGCCUUGAGAACAAUCCCAAUCCAUCCACGUGUCGUCCCUGCCAUCAAAUCUGCACAUGAAUUAGGGUGUGAGCUUAGGAUAGUGAGCGACGCAAACAUGUUCUUUAUAGAGACCAUCGUUGAGCAUCUCGGGAUAAGUGAAUUCUUCUCUGAGAUUAACUCGAACCCUGGAUAUGUCGACGAACGUGGCACCUUGAGAAUCUCUCCUUACCACGACUUCACUAAAACCCCUCAUGGCUGCUCUAAUUCCACUUGUCCUCCUAACAUGUGCAAGGGUUUGAUCAUUGAGAGGAUUCAACAAUCUUUAGCUAAAGAAGGAAAGAAUAAGAUGAUAUACCUUGGAGAUGGAGCUGGUGAUUACUGUCCGAGUUUGAAACUAACCGCAGAGGAUUAUGUGAUGCCACGUAAGAAUUUCCCGGUGUGGGAUCUAAUUAGUCAAAAUCCGAUGCUGAUUAAAGCAGCGAUUAGAGAAUGGACCGAUGGCCAAAGCUUGGAGAUGAUAUUAAUAGGAAUAAUCGAGGAGAUUAGAUUGGAGGAAGAGAAGGAGAAGAUGUUGAAUAGUACGGAGGCUAACUGCAAGAUGCAGACCAUCUCUGUAGUCGGGAUCAACAGUGUUCAUCAUGAACCAAUAUUAAUGCCUCGUGCUCUUCGUGUUUCUCAGUCUAGUUAGAUGUUUUUUAAUUAUAGUAAAGGAAGAAGAAUAUAAACUGUGGUGAUUCUUCUGUCCUCUUUUUUCAUUUGCUUGAUUGUAUGCAUGUAUUCCAAAAAGAUUGGAAUUUAUCCUAACUAUUGUGUGACGAUAAAAUCAUAUAUUACAAGAAAUUGUGA